AUGCGUUUCACCUCGCUCAUCACCCUCCUCCCUGCCCUUGCUCUGGCACAGGAGCAGGUGCCCCUCGCCGACCGUGUGCAGGGCUGGUUCAACAAGGCCAAGGGGCUCGUCCCGACGGCCGUCCCGGUUGAUCCCAUCCAAAAGAUGGCCGAGAAGGUCUCCGAGAAGAGCGUCACUCCGGUGACCAUGCAGAACUGGCAGUCCCUCCUGACUCCCGCCGAGGAGGCCCAGGACUGGUACGUUUUCGUGACCGGCGGCAACAAGACUUGCUUCGGCCGCUGCGAGGACGCCGAGAAGGCGUUCAAGGAAUCUGUUCUUCUCUUCGCCGCCGACCCUACCUCCCCCAACCUUGGCCUGCUGAACUGCGAGGAGGAGCGCGUUCUCUGCUCGACUUGGUCCGCCGGUCCCCCCACCGUCUACUACUUCCAGGUUCCUCAGGCCCAGGCUGAGGGCUCUGAGCGCCUGCCCACUCCUCUCCACAUUGUCUACAUGAACAGCACCACCGUCACCCCCGAGGAGCUCUACGAGGUCCACUCCAAGAAGAACUUCGAGAAGGUUGACGCCUACGAGGGCGCUCUGCACCCCACCGAUGGCUGGCUCGCCCAGUACAACCUGAAUGUUCCUCUGGGCUACGCCAUCUAUGCCAUUGGCGCCAUCCCCAGCUGGAUGUUCAUGAUUGGUAUCAGUUUCUUCAGCCGCACUUUCAUGAGCCGCCGUAUGGGUAACGUUGGUACUGAGCCUGCUCGUCGUCCUGCCCCAGCUGGAAGUGCAAACUAG